AUGGCCGGUGGCAGGGCACCCUCCACCACGGCGGGCGGCCAUGGCGCCUGCGAGGCCGCGGAAAUCCAGUGUGCCUUGCGGCUUGAGGCGGCCGUCGCACGCGCGAUCGCUCUCCUGCGCAGGCGCCACCCCCUGGGCCAGGUGCUGGACCGCGCCGAGGGCGCGCUGUGGGACGUGCACAACGCGGCACAGGCGGGCCCCAGUGCGCUGCUGCAGCUCGCCACGCUGCGUGCGGUGCCGCCCCUCGUCAAGCAUCUCAUUGCUGAGGAGCGCGAGCUGCUGGCGGCGGUGGUGGUGCUGCUGGGCAACCCCAACGCGCUCAUAGUGCAGGACGCACUUGCGCUGCUGUCGAACCUCACCCAUUGCGAGGACGGCCCGGACCUGCGCGUGGCGGAAGAGCCGGGCUUGCUUGCGGCGGUGCAGCGCCACAUGGACGCCGCCGGGCCGCAGCCCGCGCACGGCGACGGGUGCGGGCCGCGCGAGAGCGGCGGCGGCAGGAGCGGCAGCAGUGGCGGCAGCGGCGGCGGCGGCGGCAGCGGCGGCGGUGCUGCCCCCAGGGACGAGAUGACGUUACUGGCGGUUACGGUGAUCUGGAACCUCUCAGUGAGCGGCGACUGCACCCUUCUACUGCUGCAACAGCCGGGGCUGCUGCCCGCCGUUGUCGCCCUGCUCGACCACCGGUGCCCAGCAGUCUUGGAGGCCGCCAUCGCCGCCCUCGCCAACGCCGCCAACAGCGGCGACCCAAGCGCCGUGCUCGCCGCGGCUGGCGGCGCAGCUGCGUGCCGCGCGGCCGAGCGAACGCUGCGGCGGUCCGGCUUGGGGCAGGACACCGACCCGGACGAUGCGCGCGCCACGUUUUUCAACCUCGUCGCGCACAGCCGCGCCGCGGCCGCCGCCGCGCUGGCCGACCCGGACGCUGCGCUGUUCUGGGCCUCGGAGGGUCCCCUGGAUGCGAGUGGGGUGCACCCAUUGGUCGGCAUGUUUGGCAGCAUGGCGCCCGGGCCCGCGCGGGACCUGGUGGCAUCGCAGUGCGGCCUCUCGCUGCUGGCGCUGGCCGGCGCCCUGGCCUGCGCCCCCGACGGCCGCGGCCGCGGCGGCGACGCGGGCGCAGGCGACGUCACGGCAACAGGUACCUCGGCGGUGCUGGCCCUGUCGGAGCUGGUGGCGGCGGACGGCGGCGCGGCCGCCGUGGUGUGUCAGCACCACGGGAUGCUGUUUGCGGCAGCCUGCUGCGUGGUGCAGCGCAUCGGUGAGCUCAGUGGCGCCGCCGCGCUGUGUGGCGCCGCCGUCUUCCAGGGCAGAGCUCUGGCCUGGGAGCUCGCGGUCUACGGCGCGCAGGAAUCAGUGGCGUCGCUGGUGCCCGUCGUGCGUGCGCUGCCGCCGCUUUGCGAGGUGGACUUUGCCGCAGGCGCCGAAGCCGUCCGCGGCAGCCCCUCCGAAAUGAUCGAGCAGCCCCUGAGCCGGUGGCGGUACCCCAAGCUGCUCAGCACCGCACUGGCAUGCCUGCGGCCGCUGCCGCCUCGCGCCGCCGCCGGCGAGCCUGCCGGGGGCCGCGUCUGGGUGCUGCUCGGCACGCUCAGGUUCCCUCACGGGCAGCUUCACGCACGCGGCGCCCCACCCCAGCGCCCCGGGAGCGUCACGGGCAGCUUCACGCACGCGGCGCCCCACCCCAGCGCCCCGGGAGCGACUGGCGCAACGGCAACGGCGGCGGCCGACGCGGGCGGCGACUCACCGUUCCAUGCCAUCGUCCUCCAGAUGCUGGCCGCCUUCAUCAUCACGGCGCUGCAGGACCUGGAAGCCCCCCGCCUGCAGCUGUCCACGCCGCUGCCGCCGCGCGACGCGCUGGCCGUGUGCGACGAGCUGCAGGGCGCGCUGCUGCGCGUUGGCGGCUACGCGUCCGCGGGGCCAGAACGCCAGCUGCGGGAGCCUCGGGGAGCGCGUCAGGGCUCAGUGCGGGCCCAAGAGCAGCCGGCGUGGGGCGAUGGCAUGCAGCAUCAUCGUCAUCGGCAGCAUGCGGUGGGCCAGCAGCAGCAGCAGCAGCAGCAGCAGCAGCAGCAGCAGCAGCAGCAGCGGGAGCAGCAGGCGCAGCAGAAGCCGCAAAAGCAGCAGAAGCCACAACAGCAGCAGCAGCAGCAGCAGCAGCAGCAGCAGCAGCAGCAGCAGCAGCAGCAGCAGCAAACACAUGCGCAGCAGCAGCAGAAGCAGCAACACCAGCAGAGGACACAGCAGCAGCAGCAGCAGCAGUGGACAGCCGUAGCAGCGGCGGCUGGCGGCGGGGAGGGGUCCAUGGCGCGGGAGGCUGCGUCGCUGGAGGCAGCGGUCACGCGAGCGAUCGGGGUCCUGCGCAGGCGCCACUCCCUGGGCCAGAUGCUGGACCGCGCAGAGGGCGCGCUGUGGGAUGUACACGUUGCCGCAGAGGCUGCACCCAGCGCGGUGCUGCAGCCCGCCACGCUGCGCGCGCUGCUGCCCCUGGUCAAGCACCUGGCUACGUCCCGGGCGGCGCUCAAGUUGCUCCUAUAUCUGACCGCUGGCAAGGCGGAGGCCCGCUGCCGCCAGGUUGUUCAGGAGCGGGAGUUGCUGGCGGCGGUGGUGGCGCUGGUGGGCAACCCCAACGCGCUCAUAGCAGAGGACUCGAUGAUCUUGCUGUCAAACAUUAC